CACGAGCUCCUCCUCCUCCUCCGGGCCAUCGUCAUCUUCCUCUGCUGCGGUUGCCGGCGGCGAGGAGGACGAAGCAAGAGACACCGGCGGAGAUGGUCGGGAUGCUGCCGGAGAGCAAUGCGCAGGCGGCGGACGUGCUGGGCGACGCGUGGGACUACGGCGGGAGGCCCGCGGCGAGGUCGAGGACGGGGAGGUGGGGCGCCGCCGCGAUGAUCCUCGUGGCGGAGCUGAACGAGCGGCUGACCACGCUCGGCAUCGCCGUCAACCUGGUCACCUACCUGACGGCCACGAUGCACGUCGGCAACGCCGAGGCGGCCAACGUCGUCACCAACUUCAUGGGCACCUCCUUCAUGCUCUGCCUCCUCGGCGGCUUCGUCGCCGACUCCUUCCUCGGCCGCUACCUCACCAUCGCCAUUUUCACCGCCGUCCAAGCCUCCGGCGUGACGAUACUGACGAUCUCGACGGCGGCGCCGGGGCUGAGGCCGGCGGCGUGCGCAGCGGGGUCGGCGGCGUGCGAGCGGGCGUCGGGGGCGCAGAUGGGGGUGCUCUACCUGGCGCUCUACCUGACGGCGCUGGGCACCGGCGGGCUCAAGUCGAGCGUCUCCGGCUUCGGCUCCGACCAGUUCGACGAGUCCGACUCCGGCGAGAAGUCGCAGAUGAUGCGCUUCUUCAACUGGUUCUUCUUCUUCAUCAGCCUCGGCUCGCUGCUCGCCGUCACCGUGCUCGUCUACGUCCAGGACAACCUGGGCCGCCCCUGGGGGUACGGCGCCUGCGCCGCCGCCAUCGCCGCCGGCCUCGUCGUCUUCCUCGCCGGCACCCGCAGGUACCGGUUCAAGAAGCUCGUGGGGAGCCCGCUCACCCAGAUCGCCGCCGUCGUCGUCGCCGCCUGGCGCAAGCGCCACCUCGAGCUCCCCUCCGACCCCUCGAUGCUCUACGACAUCGACGUCGGCAAGCUCGCCGCCGCCGAGGAGGUCUCCUCCAAGAAGAGCAAGCUCAAGCAGCGCCUCCCCCACACCAAACAGUUCAGUUUCUUGGACCAUGCGGCGAUCAACGAGGAGGCCGGCGUGGACGGCGAGGCGAGCAAGUGGGAGCUGGCGACGCUGACGGACGUGGAGGAGGUGAAGACGGUGGCGCGGAUGCUGCCGAUCUGGGCGACGACGAUCAUGUUCUGGACGGUGUACGCGCAGAUGACCACCUUCUCGGUGUCGCAGGCCACCACCAUGGACCGCCACAUCGGCGGCUCCUUCCAGAUCCCCGCCGGCUCCCUCACCGUCUUCUUCGUCGGCUCCAUCCUCCUCACCGUGCCCGUCUACGACCGCCUCGUGGUCCCGGCGGCGCGCCGCCUCUGCGGCAACCCGCACGGCCUCACGCCGCUGCAGCGGAUCGGCGUCGGCCUGGUGCUGUCCAUCCUCGCCAUGGUCUGCGCCGCGCUCACCGAGGUGAGGCGGCUCCGCGUGGCGCGCGACGCCGGGGUCGCCGGCGGCGGCGAAGUCGUGCCCAUGACCGUGUUCUGGCUCAUCCCCCAGUUCUUCUUCGUCGGCGCCGGCGAGGCCUUCACCUACAUCGGCCAGCUCGACUUCUUCCUCCGCGAGUGCCCCAAGGGGAUGAAGACCAUGAGCACCGGCCUCUUCCUCAGCACGCUCUCGCUGGGCUUCUUCGUCAGCUCGGCGCUCGUCGCCGCCGUCCACAAGCUCACCGGCGACCGCCACGCCUGGAUCGCCGACAACCUCAACAGGGGCCACCUCGACAGGUUCUACUGGCUGCUCGCCGCCCUCUGCUUCGCCAACCUCGCCGUCUACCUCGUCGCCGCCAGGUGGUACAAGUACAAGGCCGGCCGCCCCGGCGCCGCCGUCGAGAUGGCCGACGCCGAGCCGUGCCUCCACUGACUGACGUGUCCGUCGAUCGAUCCCGCCGUCCAUCCGCCGAUCGGACGGCCACGAUUUCUUCGCAUGUUGUACUAUAUAUAUAUAGUAUAGUAUACGUGUGUACCAGCAAUGCACGUACGUAUACGUAUAUUUAUACGUAUACGUGUGCCUGCGUAGUAGUAUAAAUGGAAUUAAUAACUUGUUAGAGGGGGAAAUGGUAAAAACUACGGAUUAGAGAGAGAGGAAGGAUUAAGAAUUUUCAACGGUGGUGGGGACAGGGUGUCAGUGACUUGUUGGUACAUUUUGUGUCAUGGGAGGGUCUCGUGGUAAAAAAAAAGAUUUACCACGGCUUCAGUGUAAAAUCAUCCGAAAGGAAAAGAUGGGAAAAAAAAAACGUGCGUGCUUUUCAUUAACCUACAAGUCAUUCA